GAGGUGGCAAUCGUCAUUGUUGGCGAACAGUUUGAAUCGCGAGAUAUUGUACUGCACCGUAGAAACGAACAACUUCAGCGUGUUUCCGAGCUACACCGUAGUUAUGAUGCAUUACAAUAUCCGAUAUUAUUGUGGAGAGGUGAUGACGGCUAUCACAUCAAUAUGCGAUUGAUGAAUCCAACUACUGGCCAAGAAACACCGAAAAAACUCAGUGCGAAUAAUGAUUCGUCCGCAAGAAGAUAACUACAUCCUGAAAUGUCGCAAGCUUUUCUAUCAGUAUUUGGUUGACAUGUAUGCGAAGAUCGAGACCGAACGUGUCAACUUUAUUCGAUUCAACCAAGCGAAAUUGCGUUCUGAAGAGUACAUCCAUUUGAGAGACGCCGUAAUGAAUGAUGCAAAUGUGAAUAGCAUUGGACGUCUGACAAUAUUGCCAGCCACAUACAUCGGCAGUCCGCGCCAUAUGCACGAGUAUGCGCAAGAUGCGAUGUCGUAUGUGCGCCAUUACGGCAGACCGGAUCUGUUCAUAACGCUCACGUGCAAUCCCAAGUGGAAUGACAUCAAAUGCCAUUUGUUCCCCGAUCAAUCAACAACUGAUCGUCACGACUUGACAGCACGUGUAUUCAGGGAAAAGCAAAAAGCAAUGAUGGAUUUAAUUGUGAAACUUUGUGUUUUUGGAGAAGUUCGAUGCUGGAUGUACUCGAUCGAAUGGCAGAAAAGAGGAUUACCGCAUGCACACAUCUUGAUUUGGUUAGUUCGCAAAAUACGACCAGAUCAGAUUGACAAAGUCAUCUCAGCGGAAAUUCCAGAUGAAGCAAUCGACCCACAAUUGUUCGACGUUGUAACAAAAAACAUGAUCCACGGCCCUUGAGGCGCUAUUAAUCCAACGUCACCAUGCAUGAUUGACAAUAAGUGUUCAAAGCGCUAUCCUAGAGCUUUAGUUGAUGAUACAAUCACUGGAAAUGACGGAUAUCCAUUAUAUCGGCGUCGAUCCGCUGAAGAUGGUGGUAAUUCAACGGUCAUAAAAGUUCGGGAUCAAGACGUUGAUGUUGAUAAUCGUUGGGUCGUGCCGUAUUCACCAUAGUUGUCAAAAAUUUUCGAAGCGCACAUCAAUGUAGAAUAUUGCAACUCUGUCAAAUCGA